AUGGAAUGGCCGAAGGAGGCGGAUCGCGAGGUAUCUGCUACUGUCGCGCUUGACCCGCGGCUUGAUUUUGCAGCGGGCACCGUCGCAGGCAUGGCCGCCAUAGCAGUCGGAUUUCCAUUUGAUACAGUCAAAGUAAGAUUGCAAAGCUCCGCAGUUGCCAACCAAUACAAGUCUACAUUUCAUGCGCUGGCUACCAUUCUACAUAAAGAACAUGUGAGCGGUCUAUAUCGUGGCAUUGCGUCGCCUCUCGUCACUGCUGCACCUUUGAAUGGCUUGGUUUUUUCCGUAUAUCGGUUUCUCACGAAGAUUCAACUCAAAGAUGCGGAUGAUACGCUUUCCCUCACCCAAGUCACUCUAGCCGGCGCUGGCACAGGUUUCGUCGGAACGCUUAUCACAACGCCUACAGAGCUGAUCAAGACGCAACAACAACUCAUCCAAUCCGCUGCAUCUACAUCUACAACGUUCAGACCUCCGAGCAGUGCUGGUGAUGUGGUCUCGUAUGUUUUGAAGCACCAUGGCAUGAAGGGCUUAUACCGCGGAAUGUCCGCGACGGCUUGGCGCGAUGCCGGCUAUGGACCCUACUUCGCCGCGUAUGAGGCGACUAUCCGCUUCUGGCCGCGUCCAGCAGGAGUCACGGAUCGAACGGUAUCGACGGCCCCAUGGUAUGCACUGCUGUGUGCGGGCGCGAUGGCGGGCGUGGCCGGGUGGAUAGUGACAUUCCCGUUCGACGUCGUCAAGACCCGGGUGCAGAGUACGUUUGCGACAACGCCCCACGACCCGUACCGGAGUACCCUCUCGACGAUCGUGCACUCGUAUCGGAAUGAAGGCCUACGGGUGUUCUUUCGAGGCUUGUCGCCCACGUUGAUCCGGUCGAUACCUGUCAACAUGGUGACGUUCACAACCUUUGAGGCGAUUGUACAUACAUUCUCUUGAGAUGGAGCACGCCGCAGAUCCUCACUCUGCGACAUGACUGUCAGGCGUUCUCAGUUUGUAAUCUACCUGGACUAUGAUCAGACAAGAUGUGCGGGGAGGAGGGACUACCGGCAUAGAUCAUGAUGCAGUCGUGCUGAGAUGUCCUGCAGAAGCUCGAAUAAACUUUAUUUUCCCGCUG